GUAUAACACCGCUGCCAUUUCAUUCCAUCCUUCUCUACCUGGAAAUCAAAAUUCUUUCCUUCCCGCCUCCAUGUUCCAUUCAAGAGCCAAAGCUUUAAAUCAAGCACAAUCAAACCUUCUCCUCCAUUGGAGCAAUCGCACAAAACUCCAACCAUACCACACUCUCCGUCGACCCAACAAACCGAAGACCAAGCCUCGCCGCGAACGGCCUCACAGAGACGCCGCAAAGCCUCGCAAGCCCAUACCAUUCGUCUCCGAUGUCAAAGAAGUUCAGGGCCCAGAAGAUGCCUUGUCUCUCUUCCGAGAGUACCACGAAAUGGGCUUCAAACACGACUACCCCUCUUACUCUGCUCUCAUCUAUAAGCUGGCUCGUAAUCGAAACUUCGAAGCCGUUGAGACCAUUCUUGGCCAUGUACGAGACAGAAACAUUCACUGCAAAGAUACCCUUUUCAUUGCUCUAAUUCAACAUUAUGGGAAGGCCAAGUUGGUAGAGAAAGCCAUUGAGCUUUUCCACCAAAUCAAUUCUUUUAAUUGCGUCCGUACAUUGCAGUCUUUCAAUUCACUGCUUAAUGUGCUUGUUGAUAGUGAUAGGUUUGCCGAUGCCGAUGAGAUUUUCGGUCGGUGUAAUCAAAUGGGUUUUCGGCCGAAUUCGAUUUCGUAUAACAUAAUGAUAAAGGGGUGGCUCAAGAAAGGUGAAUUGGAUGAAGCACGCAAGGUGUUCGAUGAAAUGCUUGAGAGAAAAGUGCAGCCUAGUGUGGUGACGUAUAACAGUCUGAUAGGGUUUUUCGGUAGAAAGGGUGAGUUGGAGGAAGCUACUGGUUUGCUCGAGGAUAUGAGACAGAAAGGGAAGUACCCGAACGCUGUAACAUAUGCAUUAUUGAUGGAAGGUUUGUGCAUAGUAGGAAAGUAUGAGGAAGCAAAGAAGAUGAUGUUUGAUAUGGAGUAUCGGGGUUGUAAACCACGGCUUGUGAAUUAUGGUGUUUUGAUAAGUGAUCUUGGAAGAAGAGGGAAGAUUGAGGCGGCAAAAUAUUUACUGCAGGAAAUGAAGAAAAGGCGGUUUAAGCCAGAUGUUGUGAUUUAUAACAUAUUGAUUAAUUUUCUGUGCAAGGAAGGUAGGGCUAUAGAGGCUUAUAAAGUCUUGAUUGAAAUGCAAGUUGGAGGUUUCGAGCCUAAUGCGGCCACAUACAGGAUGAUGGUUGAUGGGUUUUGUCAGAUUAAAGAUUUUGAGGGAGGGCUGAAGGUUUUGAUUGCCAUGUUGAAAAGUAAACACUGUCCUCGGUUGAAAACAUUUGAGUGCUUGGUUACAGGACUAUUGAAGUGUGGGAAUGUUGAUGGUACUUGUUUUGUCUUGGAGGAGAUGGAAAACAGAAAUAUGCAAUUAUGUUGCGAAGCUUGGGAAGCACCAGUUGUUGAUGCUUGUGGUAAGGACAUUGUUGCAGGUGAGAAAAUGACUGAAGUCAUAUCUGCCGACUAAUAAUUGUCAAGAAAGAGACGAUCACAGCCAUUUUGUCGUCAAUUUGGUUUCUGUUUCAGGGAUGGUACUAUUCACACAUAAAUGACUGGCGGCGAGAUCUUUGUUUCAGUGAAAUGAGCAGUUUUAACAUUUAUUGGGCUUCGCAAUAGUAAACUAAACUUCAUCCACCAGAGAAACAUAUUGCUGCUUGGCCCUUAGGUUAGAGCAAAAGUAGUGCCUUUUCAGGUAAUAGGAAGGAGAAGAUAAGAUUUGUUCUUUUUGUGGAGUCAGGUGAUAGACGCUCUUGUGAACUGAGCUAUGCCUACUGGUAUGGUUCAGGGGAAAGAGGAACUGAAAAGGCUUUGUUAAAGAGCUAAAACAUGUCACCAAUGUCAUGGAUUUUUUACUCUGAUCUCCAUGUCAGUCUCAGGAAACUCUUCUAGUGGUACUUGUGGUUCUAAAAGUGGUUAAGUGAGCAUUCAAGCUAAGCUACUCUACAGCUCUACACCCAACUGGAAGGCUUCUGGGAGUAGAGGAGGUUUUGUUGAGGAGUUACAUUGUUGAUGUGAAGUCUAGUUCCUAAUUGGCUCUAGCAAUGCUUGUGGUGCAAAUAAAUUUGAUGGGCAUGCAAAACUGAAGUCAUUUGUAUCUAGUAUCUACUGGUGGAUUCGAGGAAAGAGAGGAAAGCUUUGUUACAAUUUGUUAAUAACUUCAU